AUGCGCUUCCAUACCGUCAUUCUCGCUGUAGUCAGCAUGGUCGCUGCUGCGUCCGCAGCUCCGCUUGAGCAACGAUGCUAUGCAGAGCAUAUGAAUCCUAAGCUGAUGUGGGAUACUAUAGUGCCUCGCAUCCAGACUGCCUCCGAGCUGAGGUGGAGCGACGAUGCUACGCAGAUCCCUCGCAUCCAGACUGCCUCCGAGCUGAGGUGGAGCGACGAUGCUACGCAGAUCCCUCGCAUCCAGACUGCCUCCGAGCUGAAGUGGAACGACGAUGCUACGCAGAUGCCUCGCACGCAGAAGUCUGUCUCGAUGGAAAUUGAACGGGAUGCGGUCCGAUAUGAGCUCGAUAUUCCAGCAAAGGGAAAAGAAGAAGUCGUAGUCGCCGCUAGAGAGAGUGCAGGCGAAGAGCAGAUCUUCGCCCGCCGUAUACACAGUCUUUGA